AUGUCGGGUACUCUCAAGGCGUCUAUCGCGCCUGUUCCUACUGCCAAUGACUUCUUGGAUAUCGUGUUGUCUAAGACACAACGCAAAACCCCUACGGUGAUUCACCCGGGCUUUAAAAUCACUCGUAUCCGCUCGUUCUAUAUGCGCAAGGUCAUGUUUACAAAGGAUGCUUUCACGGAGAAGCUUCAGGCUAUUUUGACUGAGUUCCCUGUCCUUGAGAACUUGCAUCCCUUCACGUCGUCGCUGAUGAAUGUCCUUUACGACAAAAACCAUUAUAAGCUGGCACUCGGUCAAAUCAAUACGGCUCGUCACUUGAUCGAGCAAGUGGCCAAGGACUAUGUUCGUCUGAUCAAGUUCGGUGACAGUCUGUACCGCUGCAAGCAGCUCAAGCGCGCGGCUCUGGGUCGCAUGGCGACUAUUAUGCGUCGUAACAAGGACCCUCUUGCUUAUCUUGAGCAAGUCCGUCAACAUAUAUCUCGUCUGCCUUCCAUUGACCCGUCGACUCGUACUCUGGUCAUCUGUGGCUACCCCAACGUGGGCAAGUCGAGCUUCAUCAACAAGGUGACUCGUGCCGAUGUUGAUGUGCAGCCGUAUGCUUUUACGACCAAGUCGCUUUUCGUGGGGCACAUGGACUAUAAGUACUUGCGCUGGCAAGUCAUUGACACGCCGGGCAUUCUCGACCACCCCCUCGAGGAGAUGAACACGAUUGAGAUGCAGGCCAUUACGGCUCUUGCGCACUUGCGCGCUGCUGUCCUUUACUUUAUGGACCUUUCGGAGCAGUGUGGCUACACGAUCGAAGCUCAAGUGCAGCUUUUCAACAGCAUCAAGCCCCUGUUCGCCAACAAGCCCACGUUCUUGGUCAUUAACAAGAUCGAUGUUGCCAAGCUGGAGGAUCUCGACGACGAGCGUGCUGGUCUCGUGCGCAGUCUUGUGAAUGAUUCGGAUGGCAGCGUUCAAAUUGCUGAGAUCAGUACCUUCACCGACGAAGGUAUCAUGGAUCUGAAACAAAAUGCAUGCGAGACUCUCCUCGCCACCCGUGUGGAAGGCAAGGUUAAGGGUCCUAAGGCCAACUCUAUCUUGAACCGCCUGCAUGUUGCCACGCCGCAGAGGCGUGACGACGUUGAGCGCAAGCCGUUUGUGCCGGAGCCCAUUGCUUCGGGUACACGUAAGAGGUUUGACCUGCAUGACCCCCUCCGUCGUAGGACGGAGAAGGAUAUUCAGGAGGAGCAGGGUGGUGCUGGUGUGCAUAACAUUGACAUGAAGAAGAACUACAUGCUCGCAAAUGAUGACUGGAAAUAUGACACCAUUCCAGAGAUUUACGAGGGCAAGAACAUUGCUGACUUCAUCGACCCUGAUAUCCUGACGUCGCUGGACAAGUUGGAGCGCGAAGAAGAAAAGCUGGAGGCUGACGGCUUCUACGAUGAAAGCGAAGAAGAGCUCAACAGCGAGGAUGAAGAGCUCCGCGCUGUUGCCGAAGGUAUUAAGCAGCGCAAAGAUAAGGCCAAGCUGCUUGCCCAGACCAAGAAGGCGCUCCAGAACCGGCCUCAUGUGCCGAGGAAGCUGCAGCACCGCACUCUGUCCCAGAUGGCUGAGAACAUGCGCGCUGCUGGUAUUGAUCCCAGCAAUAUCGAGAUGCGUGCUGAACUUCUCGCGAAAGCCAAGGGCCUUGUGGGCAAGCGGAAGAGUCGCGACGAAGACGAUGACGAGGAUAUGGAGGACGAGGACAACGAUGAAGAUGCAGAUAUGAGCGACGGCAUAAGCACCCUCUCGUAA